AUGGCACUUUCAUCGAACUGGCAAGCAUUGUUAGCCUCAAAAGGCGGCCCUGCUUCUGGUAAAAAGACGAAGCAGUCGAACAGGAAGAUCACAGAUAAUAGUAAAAGUAGCAAGAUAGUAAAGGUUAGCAUCACCCAAGAUGUUCGCCCGAAACGUAAAAAUUCCAGCAAAAUUAUGGAUAUGGUUUAUAACAUGAACAAGGAAAUCAGCAAGCAUGAAAAGGAAAAGCUCGAGGGGAAAUUAUUUGAAUUCAACCCUUCCAAGGAAAAGACAGAUGACAGUGUUGAAGAAAUAGUACAAGUUGGUGUCUCAGAAAGCACUCGUGCUGGUAACAACAAGAGUAAGGCAAUUGGGAAGUACGUUGCGAUGGAUUGUGAAUUUGUAGGGGUAGGGCCCGAAGGUGAAGAAUCUGCUUUGGCCAGAAUAUCAAUCGUAAAUUAUUUCGGACAUGUUGUUCUCGAUGAGUUUGUUAAACCAAGAGAGAAGGUUGUGGAAUGGAGAACUUGGGUUAGCGGUAUUAAGCCAGAACAUAUGAAAAAUGCGAUAACUUUUAAAGAUGCUCAAAAGAGGACUGCGGAUAUUUUGGAAGGUAGGAUCCUAGUAGGACACGCUUUGAAGCAUGAUCUUGAAGCUUUGAUGCUAUCCCAUCCAAAAGCAAUGCUUAGAGACACUUCAAGACACCUCCCAUUCAGACAAGUCUAUGCUAAGGGCAAGACCCCAAGCCUGAAAAAAUUAACCAAGGAAGUUUUGAAAAUCGUCAUUCAAGAAGGGGAGCACUCUUCUGUUGAGGAUGCAAGGGCCACCAUGCUAUUAUAUAAAAAGGAAAAAAAAGAAUUUGAAAAGAUUCAUAGAAACGCUUUCAAUUAA